AUGUCGUUCCCAGUCCACCUUGAUCCUCGUCAGCCCGAGGUCCAUGCGAGCACGCUCGUUCUUUUAGAUCAGGACCUGCUCUGUGCCUGGUUUGGUGGCACAAAGGAAGGCCUUCCUGACACUAAAAUCUGGAUUUCCAGACUUGACAAGUCCAAAUCUGGUGCUACAUGGACCAAGCCAUAUCCAGUGGCAUCUGAAGAGGGUCUUGCGCAUUGGAAUCCAGUCUUGCUAAGAAUCCCGGAACGAAAUAAAAUCCUACUGUUCUAUAAAGUAGGAUCUCCAAUAUCCUCAUGGCGCACAAAUAUCAUCGAAUCGGACGACGAAGGGAAAACCUGGACUAAGCCGCGCGAACUCAUCCCUGGUGAUGAAGGUGGUCGAGGCCCUGUGAAGAAUAAGCCGCUUGUCCUUUCUGAUGGGAAGAUAAUUGCACCAGCAUCACUGGAAACUCCCGAUGGCAAGUGGGACUGCUUCACCGAUGCCUCUUACGAUCAAGGCAAGACCUGGACGAGAUCUGCAUUUGUGAUUAUUAACAGAGAAACUUGGCCGGGUGAAGGUGCCAUUCAACCAAGCUUGAUUAAUUCUGCACCUGGAAAGAUAUCAAUGUUCACGAGAACUUCUACUGGUCAUGUCGGCAGAGCUGACUCUGAAGACAAUGGGGAGACCUGGGGUGAAAUGUAUCUAACCCCACUGUUUAACAACAAUAGUGGGUUGGAUGCUUUGCGCCUGGACAAUGGGAGUUGGCUCGUGGUACACAAUCCAGUUCAGCAGAGAUGGGGCCCUCGGACACCUUUGGUGAUAUCAAGCUCAUCAGACGAGGGCAAAACUUGGAAAGUCGUUGUGAUCCUCGAAUCAAAGCCGCCACCUACUGGAUUUUCAAAAAUCGUGGCAUUUGACACUGGGAUUGUAAAUGACGGGGAGAGUGAAUUCAGUUAUCCCGCUAUAAUUAGCGACGGUGAAGGUGGAGUUUAUGUCAGUUAUACAUAUGAACGACGAGGCAUCAAAAUUGUCCAUGUGGAUGAGACUCAAUUGAGCUAG